AUGGUGGAUCGAGCGAAAGAAUUGAUUCUUCAGUUCGCGCCAUUGCAGAGUUCAGUUGACGAGGGUUUUUGGCACAGGUUAUCAUCGUUGAAGCUCAACAAGCUGGGAAUUGAUGAAUCUCCUAUUCCUAUCACGGGUUUUUACGCACCUUGCUCACAUCAUCAAAUAUCAAAUCAUUUGACCCUUCUUGCUGAAUCAUUACCUCUUGAAUCUAGUGAACAAUCAUUUACACCGGAAAUAACUCGUGGGAACAGGAAUAGAUGUCCUGUCCCGGGCAUUCUUUACAAUACAAACACAUUGGAAGGAUUCCAGGCUCUUGACAAGCAGAGUCUACUAAAGGAAGAAGCCAAAAAGAUUUGGGAGGAUAUUGUUUCAGGCGAAGUUGAGGAUAACAGCAGUCUUCUUUUGAGAUUCCUUGUUGUUUCAUUUGCCGACUUGAAAAAGUGGAGCUUUCAUUACUGGUUUGCUUUCCCAGCUUUGAUUCUUGAUCUUCCAGCCACUGUGAUUGAGCUGAAGCCAGCCGCUCAGUGGUUUAGCACAGAAGAGGCAAAGUCUGUGACAGCUGCCUGUAAUGAUUGGCGUAACUCGAGCUCAACAACAGAUGUUCCAUUCUUCCUGUUGUCUAUUUCGUCAAAUUCAGCUGUGACUAUUAAGCAUCUGGGUGAGUUCGAAGCAUGCCAAAGGGAUGGUCAUAAGAUUCCCUUUUUCUGCUACCGUGAAAACCGUGGUUUUGCCGAUCUUGAGUUAUCCUUGGUGGGCGUAGCUUCAAUAUCAAUAUCGCAAGAGUUAAGAAAUAAUCAGAGUAUGCCAAAUGCUGUUGGUUGGGAACUUAAUAACAGAGGAAAAAAGGCCCCAAGGUGUAUCAGCCUAGCCAAGACAAUGGAUCCCUCUAGGUUAGCAAUUGAGGCUGCAGAUUUGAACUUAAAGCUAAUGAGGUGGCGUCAACUGCCUUCAUUAAAUCUCAACAUUCUAUCAUCCACAAGAUGUCUUCUUUUGGGAGCUGGUACACUUGGAUGCCAGGUCGCUCGAAUGCUCAUGGAAGCUGAAUCUGUUGUAAUGGCCAUUCCAAUGCCUGGGCACCCUGUGACAAGCCAAGAAGAGAAAAAUGUGCUUGAUGACUGCCGGCACUUGCAUGAUCUGAUCGACUCUCAUGAUGCGAUUUUUUUGUUGACCGACACACGGGAAAGCAGAUGGCUUCCAACUCUAUUAUGUGCCAAUUCCAAUAAGAUAACCAUAACUGCUGCGCUAGGGUUUGAUAGCUUUCUAGUUAUGCGCCACGGAGCCGGUCCACUGAACUCUUGUCACGAAACGAAAUCCAAAGGUUCAAAUAAUUUAUCUGUUGAAUUUGGGAAUGUAUCUCUCAUGGACAACAGUUCAGGCCCGCGAUUGGGUUGUUACUUUUGCAACGAUGUUGUAGCUCCUGUUGAUUCAACUAGUAACCGUACAUUAGACCAGCAGUGCACUGUAACACGUCCAGGGCUUGCUCCUAUUGCAUCAUCACUUGCCGUUGAGCUUCUUGUAGGAAUCCUGCACAAUCCUUCCGGGAUAAUGGCGAAAGCCGAAUCUUCUAGCUCGAGUGAUUUUAGCAAUGACGAGCAACCUCUUGGUAUUUUACCUCAUCAAGUCCGGGGAGCUCUCUCUCAGUUUUCUCAGAUGACACUCGUGGGCCAUGCCUCGACGAGCUGCACUGCCUGUAGCUCAACUGUGGUCACGGAAUAUCGAAGGAAGGGACUCGAUUUCGUACUUGAAGCCAUUAACCAUCCGACUUACCUUGAAGAUCUAACCGGGCUAACUGAUCUGAUGGAAUCUGCAGGCUCGUUUGACCUGGACUGGGAUGAUGAUGAGGCGGAUGAGUGUGUCGAAAUUUGA